AUGUAUUAUUUUUCGAACGCUAAAGCCACAACCUGUAAGGAAGCUAUUCAACGAUGGGAGGAGAAAACUGGUUUAACUGCCAGUGAACAGAAAGAAAUUAUUUUGUCCUUUCAGUGGCCUCCAAUUGAAAAAAUGGAUAAUAAUUUAGCUUCACUGGCUGCUGUAGAAAAACUAUCGCUUUCGACAAAUAUGAUAGAGAGAAUCACUGGUAUCAACUCUUUGAAAAAUUUGAGGAUUCUGUCUGUGGGGCGAAACUAUAUCAAAACAUUUUCUGGAUUAGAAGCAGUCGGUGAACAUUUAGAAGAACUAUGGAUAUCUUACAAUUUGAUCGAGAAGAUUAAAGGUGUUAACGUUUUGAAAGCACUGAAGGUGCUUUAUAUGUCUAACAAUUUGGUAAAAGACUGGGCGGAGUUUAAUCGAUUGCAAGAAAUACCAAAUCUCGAAGAUUUAUUGUUCAUCAACAAUCCGAUUUGCGAAAAUAUAGACGUGGAAUCGUGGCGGAGUCAAGUCAUCAGGAGACUUCCGAAAUUAAAAAAGCUCGACGCUAUACCGAUCGUGUGAAU